CGCCGCCAUGCACAGCCUUCUCCUCCUCCUCCUCCUCCUCCUCGCCGUGCUCUGCCUCGCUCCAUGCAGCGGCUUGAAGAGGGUGACCCUGACGCGGCACCGCUCCCUGCGGAAGUCGCUGCGGGACCGUGGGCAGCUCUCCCAGUUCUGGAAGGCCCACAGGCUGGACAUGGUGCAGUACACACAGGACUGCUCUCUCUUCGGGGAAGCCAACGAGCCCCUCAUCAACUACCUGGAUAUGGAGUACUUUGGGCAGAUUUCCAUCGGGACCCCACCACAGAACUUCACGGUGAUAUUCGACACGGGUUCCUCCAACCUCUGGGUGCCAUCCAUCUACUGCACCAGCAAAGCCUGCACCAAUCACGCCCGCUUCCAGCCGUCACGCUCCAGCACCUACCAGGCCUUGGGUCUCCCCAUCUCUCUCCAGUAUGGGACCGGCAGCCUGACUGGCAUCAUCGGCUCUGAUGAUGUCACCGUGGAAGGCAUGACCGUGUGCAAUCAGCCCUUUGCAGAGAGCGUCAGCGAGCCGGGAAAAACCUUCCAGGAUUCGGAAUUUGAUGGGAUCCUGGGGCUGGCGUACCCCUCGCUGGCCGUGGAUGGGGUCACCCCUGUCUUUGACAACAUGAUGGCCCAAGAUCUGGUGGAACUGCCCAUCUUCUCUGUCUACAUGAGCGCGAACCCGGACUCCUCCUUGGGUGGAGAAGUGCUCUUUGGGGGCUUUGAUCCCUCCCACUUCCUGGGCACCCUGCACUGGGUGCCGGUCACAGUGCAGGGCUACUGGCAGAUCCAGGUGGACAAUGUGCAGGUAGGGGGGACGGUGGCUUUCUGUGCCAAUGGCUGCCAGGCCAUCGUGGACACCGGCACGUCUCUGCUCACUGGUCCCACCAAGGACAUAAAGGAGAUGCAAAGAUAUAUUGGUGCCACACCUAUGGAUGGUGAGUACGUCGUGGACUGCAGCCUCCUGAGCUCGAUGCCCAUCGUCACCUUCACCAUCAACGGGAUCCCCUACACACUCUCUGCCCAAGCCUACACCCUCAUGGAGCAAAGUGACGGCAUGGACAUCUGCCUCAGUGGCUUCCAGGGUAUGGAUGUCCCCCCUCCUGCCGGACCCCUCUGGAUUUUGGGUGACGUUUUCAUCCGACAGUAUUAUUCCGUCUUCGACCGUGGAAAUAACCGGGUGGGCUUCGCGCCCGCUGCCCCUUAGGGCUGUGAGUCCUAUGGGGUGGGAGGGAAGUGGAGCCGCCGGGUUGCGGCCAUGGCCACGAGUGGGGCAGGAGCUGCUCAGCGCCAUGGGGAUGGAGAAGAAGUCCCCAAGCCAGGGAGUGCAGAGCACACGGAGGUUCACUCCGUGCCGAGGAGUGCACACAAAAUGCCUCAGGCGGCCCUGCGGAGCACGCCCUGCAGAUUGUCAUGUUUUAGAA